AUGCAUUCAAAAGUACCCUUGAUUCUCUUGCUCGUAUCAAUAUUGCCACUAAAUGUGUGCGGGUUACACCUUACGUCUCCCACCGAGUUCUCUGAUGAACUUCGAGUCAUUAAAUUAGAUAAGAACCAAUAUGAAAUGGUUUCUGAGAACAAAAAACUCGAAUAUAAGCGUAAGAAUAUUCCAUUCCUUGACGUAACAAACCAUGUUGAUGAAAACGAAUAUGACCUUUUUAAUACCGGGAAGCAGGGUCUGCAAUUUGCAUUCGCUAUGAAAGAAAGUAGCACCGAAAGCAGCCCCGUUCCCGUAUACCCAAAACAACUCUCACUCCAAAGUACAAUUUCACCAAUUCUUAAGGAGGUUAGUAUUCCAAAUUUGAGACAGAGCUUAGAAACAUUCUCGAGCUUCCAUACCCGCUACUACAAGUCAGACACUGGAGUGGAAAGUGCCCAAUGGUUGUAUGACCAAAUCAGCGAUAUUAUUCUGGAGUCUCCCCAAGUGAGUGUGACCAAGUUUGACCAUAAAAAGUGGAAGCAGUUUUCCAUAAUUGUGACCAUUCCUGGAAAGAAGGAAGGCAAGAUUAUUGUAGGCUCACACCAGGACUCGAUUAACCUUAUACUCCCUAGUGUCAUGAGUGCACCAGGUGCUGAUGAUGACGGGUCAGGUACUGUGUUGUGCUUGGAGGCUCUUAGACUAGUUAUUCAAUUGUACAACGCUGGAAAGUUUACCCCACAAAAUACCCUUGAGUUUCACUUCUAUUCUGCAGAGGAAGGUGGAUGUUUGGGUUCAUUGGAUAUCUUCUCAAGCUAUAAAGAGAACGGCGAACAAGUGUUAGCAAUGUUGCAACACGACGUUUCAGGCUCUACUUACAAAGCUCAAAAUGAAGGAUACGAGCCUCACAUGGGACUUAUCACCGACGGCACCACUCAAGAAUUGACCGAUUUCUUGAAGGUUGUCAUUGACUCUUACUGUGAUAUUCCUUACCAUGAAACUCAAUGCGGGUACGGUUGCUCAGAUCAUUCAUCAGCAGCUGAGUUUGGUUUCCCAUCUUCCUGUGCCGCAGAAGGUGAAUUCAAGCUUACAAACGAGUAUAUUCAUAGUUUCAAAGACACAAUUGACAAAAUCGACUUUGAUCAUUUGAAGGAGCACGUCAAGUUGGUUCUUGGUUACGCAAUUGAGUUGGCUAGCUAUGGUUUUUAG